AUGCCAAAUAAUCCCAGACGGUCGGAGGCCGACCACGCCCACCCGGCCCUCACGAGGCGUGUCGCGGAGGCGGCCGCGCACUACGCGGCGCUGUUCGACUCGCUGGAGGCGACGCUGCCGCCGGGGAGCGGAGAGCGGCUGGCGGUCGAGCGCGUUUGGCUGGGCCGGGAGAUCGCUGACGUGGUGGCGGGGAGGGUGAGGCACGAGAGGUUCGGGUCGUGGGAAGGGCUGAUGGCGGGGUCGGGCUUCGCCAGCGUGCCACUCAGUGGCUUCGCGCUCUCGCAAGCCAAGCUGCUGCUCAGACUACAUUACCCUUCACAAGGCUAUCAGCUGAGGGUCUCUAAUGGAUCAUUCUUCCUCGGAUGGCAGAAUCAGCCGCUUUUCUCGGUCUCUGCUUGGCGCGCUAAUUGA